AUGCCACGGCCCCCGCGCCCAUUCAAUGCGAUUCCAGACCGCGACUAUUACCUCCGAACUCAACAACCCACACUAGCAUCAAAUCAAGCCUUGAUUAAUCUAUCUGAGCCACCCGAACAACUUCAACCGUUACCAUCAAUCGUCAUGCAAAGCUCUCUCCUUCUUACACGCCAGAUUGCUCGUUCCUACGACUACUCUGGGGAUACAACUCACAUCGACCCACAGACGCUGCUCGUUUCACUGACGGUAGCAACCAAGUGGGAAGAUACGCCGGAACUGCUAAAAAUGAUUCCACGUCUGGAAUAUCUUGACCAUAUUUCCAUCAAAUGCGCUGUGCCUUGGCAAAGUCGACGAGUACAUCCGGCUGCCCCCAAGAUUGGCAAGAGCGACCGAACUGGGGUCAGGUCAAUAGAUGUCAUCUUGAGCUCCUUUAGCUCAAUGGCAGACACCGUCCUAUAUCCCCUCCGUAUGGCUCAUCGACUCGAGUCAUUUCGAAUGGAAGAAUACAAGGGCGCGCAGCGUGACUUUACAGAUUUUGACAAACUCGAAAACUUGAGAGAACUGACAUUGAGUGCGUGCGAUUUCAUACUCAAUCCAAACGACAAGAGGCAUAUACUCCUCUCGCCGGGUUUGGAUGUAGUGGACAUUAAAGGUUGUCACAAUGUUCUCACCUCCCUUGGUAGUCUGACUUGCAAGCCGCUGGUCUACGGACGUCCUUAUCAUGGGACAGACUCUCCACCAGAGACCAUAGAGGUGUGCGAAGAACAUUGGCCAUCCCUACAGAUUGCAAGUUUGUUGACGCUCUCCAUGCCUAUGACCACAAAGAUCGACCAAGUCAUCUCGACCAGGUUGCUGUGCUGUUUGGAAUUGAUGGGCCGAUCAUUGGUGGUCACGAUGAUCCAUCAUCUCGCGGUAAAUUCUGGUGAACUCCCUCUGCUUGACACACUCGAGCUGCGAGACUGCCCCGAAUGGGACAUUCUCUUUAUCAUGCUCGAGAAGAGGCUUCUUGUACAGACGAGCAACGUCAAGUCAAUCGAAAGGAUAACAUUUAACCGAGAUCCACCACCUAAAAUCAAGCAGCCUCUUGCUCGGCUUCUAGCGGGACAUAUCGUCUCACGACCGGCUGAAGUCUCUCGAUAUUCCAUGGGAUAA